UCAGGGCGGUCCAGUACAACGGCUUUAUGAAAUUUGAGUAACACGAAAUCAUAAAAAAAAACGACGCGGCGUUUUCCUUUGUAAACUCAUAACAACAACAGUCACAGACUCACAGCGGAGUCCUUCGCUCCUCUCUCCCUCUCUCUUCUUAUUCAAUGGACCCUCCGAACCCGAGUCCAAACCCGAAACCGAACCAGUCUUCGAUGCGGGUCUUAAUUCGACCACCCCCACCGCCACCACCACCAGCACCUCCGACUUCCUCUCCUUCAGCCUCCCCCAAAGGCCAAACCCCUCUCCCUCCGCCAGAUCCUCCACCACCACUACCAGACGGCGUCGUUGUCGUCGGCUUCAUUUCGCGAAGACCCGAACCCUCGUCCCGGAUCAUCAACCGGGUCAUCGACGCCAACGUAUUCGGGUCCGGCAACCUGGACAAGCCCUUGUUCGAGAUAGACAGCGAGAGCGAGAAGGAGAAGGAGAAAGAGGAGGUCAAGGACUGGUUCAAAUGGAGAAGCAUCAGCUACUACCUCCAGGAAGAUAAGGGGAUUUUGUACUUGCGGUUUUGUUCAACCCGGUGCCCCGCCAUGACCGGGGUUUCGGAUCCCGGGUCGGGUUUCGAGGACCACGAGUCCCGGGAUCUCCAGGGUUUGCUCUUCAUGUUCACUGUUUGCCAUGUAAUAAUAUAUAUUCAGGAGGGGUCACGCUUUGACACUCAAAUUUUGAAAAAAUUUCGAGUUUUACAAUCAGCCAAGCAUGCUUUGGCACCAUUUGUAAAAUCCCGAACCAAUCCACCAUUGCCUAGGCCACAUUCUUUGUCAUCGUCACGACCUACAUCAUCAACCACCUCCUCCAACAACCCUUCUCCAGGAAGAGCUGGUGGCACCUCAAGUCGUAAUGCUUCAGCUAUUUCUCUCAUGUCAGGAUUGGGUUCAUACACCUCUUUGUUUCCAGGACAGUGUACUCCAGUUAUACUUUUUGUUUUUGUCGAUGAUUUCUCUGAUGUGUCAAAUCCCUGUUCGAAUUUGGAGGAGUCAUCAGAUACCUCCUCACUUAAUCAGUCUUCUAGUUUGAGCAGUAUAGCUAGACCAAGCAUGCCUGUUAAAGGUUCUGGUUCUGUUAUGGUGCUUGCCCGUCCUGUGAGUAAAUCUGAAGGCAGUUUUAGGAAGAAACUGCAGGCAUCUCUUGAAGCACAGAUUCGCUUUUUAAUUAAGAAAUGCCGUACACUUUCAGGUUCUGAAACAAGUCAUCAUGGGUCAAGAAGUGGGGUUGCUUCAAAUUCUGCACCGUUGUUUUCACUUGAUGCAUCAAGGGCUGUUGUACUGUUAGAUUGGUCUACAAGUCAGAGAUGUGAGUCUCUUGAAUUUGCCAUUGGCCUUGUGGAAGAUGUCUUGAGUGGAAAAGCAACCUCUGAUUCUCUUUUGCUUGAAAGCCAUGUUCAGAAUGUGAUCAAAGAGGAUAUAUUAUCUGUAAGGGAGUUCAUUUACAGGCAGUCUGAUAUUUUAAGAGGGAGAGGAGGCAUGGUCACUAAUACCAACAGUGGCUCAGCUGCUGGUGUUGGUAUGGUUGCUGUUGCUGCAGCUGCUGCUGCCGCCUCAGCUGCUUCUGGCAAGACAUUUAACACUCCCGAACUUCCAAAUCUGGAAAUUUGGUUAUCUUCCAGUCAACUAAUUUUGCAUGGAGUGCUCUCUGCAAAAGGUGGAUGUAUAGAUGAAACUGAAAUUAAUAAAAGGAAACCUCGUCUUCGGAGUACUGCUUCACCACAGGUUGAAGGAUCUGCAUCAAAAAAUAUGGAUCCUCUAGAUGUGGCAGUAUCUUGGUUGGAAUGUGGGAGAGGACUGAACACAAAAUUUUCCACGCUGUGGUGCGAAAGAACCCUUCCAGUAGCCAAGGAAGUUUACUUAAAGAACUUGCCUGCUUGUUAUCCAACUUCGCAGCAUGAAGCUCAUAUGGAGAAAGCUUUGCAUGCUUUCCGCUCAAUGGUCAAGGGACCUGCGGUGCAAAAUUUUGCAAAAAAGUUGGAGGAUGAAUGUACAUCCAUCUGGAAAUCUGGGAGGCAACUCUGUGAUGCUGUUAGUUUGACUGGAAAACCAUGUAUGCACCAGAGACAUGAGGUCCAAACUGAUCAGUCACUUUUAAGAGAUGGGGUCAAGCCACAUUCUAGUGGAUAUGUUUUCCUCCAUGCUUGUGCAUGUGGCCGUUCACGGCGACUACGAGCUGAUCCUUUCGAUUUUGAAACUGCAAACAUUACUUCCAACUGCUCUCCAGACUGUGACAGGCUUCUUCCUGCUCUUCACCUUCCAGAAUUAAGCAAUGCAGGACCUAUUCAGCCAUCCUCAUGGAGUUUGAUACGUGUUGGGGGUGCAAGGUACUAUGACCCUUCUAAGGGCUUGCUUCAGAGUGGGUUCUCUGCUACUCAGAAGUUUCUUUUGAAAUGGACUAUAUUUCUAGAGACAUGCAAAAGCCCAAAUGGCUUAACAGAAGGUGUUUUGCAACAUGGUUCUGUAACUAGGUCACGUACAAACUCCAAGGUUGAACUUAUUGCGGAUACAGAUAUAAAGAAAACUAGUUCUGUACGGUUGUACUCAGGAGAUUUGCAGAUUGGGGGUGAACAUCAAAGCAAACCUUCAGAAAACAUCAAGUCAUCUGACGACACUAAAAUCAGUUUUGGUAGAGGUCUUCCCAAUUUUACAUUGAGAAAACCAUUUUCUGCAGUUGUUGCUGGAUCAGCAGCUGCAGAUUCAGGAUUCCCUCCUCUCCAGCAGAGGAAGCAAGCUUCUUCUGUGUCAGAUAAGGUUAAGCAAGGUAGGGCAAGAGAUCGAAGUGUCGAACAGGUUCAUGCAGCUGAUGAACAUCAGGGAUCUCAAAAGUCUGAAGAUAUUUUAAAUGAUACCAAUACUAAUGGCUGCACAGAUGGUGACCCCUUCUUACAGAUAGGCAGUAAUGUAAUUCCUGUAAAUGUGAAUGGUGGGGGAAAGAUCAAAUUGAACCCGUCAUUGAAGCAUGUAAUGGUUUAUGUUGGAUUUGAGCAUGAGUGCCCCAAUGGCCAUCGUUUCCUAUUGAAUACAGAGCAUCUCAAUGAACUUGGAUCUUCUUAUUCAUUUCUUGAAGAAUCUCAUAUAACUUCAUUGACCAACAUUUCAGACCGUAAUGUGAUGAAUCCUUCAAAAUUGGGUAAAAAUGGUGUCCGUGGUAAAGUUCAUCGAAACUCAAAUCUGAUGAAUGCUAGUGCUGUAAAUAAGGAGAAAAAUAUGUAUCAGUCGAAAGAGAUAGUGGCUAAUGGUAAUCUAAAUUUAGGUCGCUUGAUACAGUUUCCUGGGUCAGGGGAGGAACAGAAUCAGGCAUCCCUCAGCAUUUCAACACUUCCCAAAAUUGUAAAAGGGCUUGAGGGGGGACUUCAGUCUAUUAGCCUCGAUGAUGGUGGAAGUGCUUUCUCCAUGGUGAAUAGAAAUUUACCAAUUUACAUGAACUGCCCACACUGCAGGCUCUCAAAGAAUAAAAGGGAUCCACCAAAGAUUAAGUUUGCUGGCACAAUAUCACAGCUUCAAAGGAUUUUUCUGGUCACUCCUCCAUAUCCAAUCAUAUUAGCAACAUGCCCCACCAUACAAUUUGAGGCAUCAUGCCUUCCUUUAUCAAUUCCAGACAGUGAGCGAAAAUUGCAGUUCAGCCUUGGAUGCCGAGUGAUCUUACCACCAGAGAGUUUCCUUACGCUAAGACUCCCCUUUGUGUAUGGUGUGCAACUGGAUGAUGGAAGUCUACAUCCUCUUAACCCUUUUGAACAUCAACCAGAGUUAACUGCCUGGAUUACCAAGGGCACAACAUUGCAGGUUUUGUCCAAGGGCAGCGGUCUUGAUGAGGGAUUUCACACAUAGUCAGAUUUGCUGAAUGUUAGAAUAUGGCCGCUACAAUAACCAGCAUCUGUGCUGAUUUUGCAGUUUGCACAGGCAGAUUGUGUGACCAGCUCAUCUGAGCUCAGGUGAGGGAUUGCUGAUAAUGAUGAUGAUGUUUUCUUGUCACAAAGAAACUUAUGAUUGGACAUGUGGGAGGAUAUGGAUUUUCAUUGAUUGUCAUAAUGUUUCAUUUGGUGAUUGGUGAACCAGAACCAGAAGACAGAAAAUUUGAGAAAUUCUAAGUUGUUGCCUGGUAUAUGACCACUAAAUUGCUGGUGCCUCUGAAGGAAGCUUCCUAGCAUCAUGUGCACAUCUUCAUUCAUAGUCGCAUAUGAGGCUAAAUUAUGCACAGAAGUACACGAGAGUUGUGUUCCAAAAUUCUUUACAAUAUAGAGGUAUGGCAAAGCCAUUUUAUAUUGGAGCAGGCUCACAAAAUUCAAGUGGAUGAUUAGUAUGGGCUGGCAUCAAUUUGGGAGAGAUCCUAGUCUAAUAUCAAGCUGGUUGUGGAAAGCUGAUCCUUAUUUCGCUAAUUCGGUAAUUCCUAAGUUAUUUUUGUAGUGAUGUAAACCGAAAUAAUAGAUGAAAAGCUGAUGAUUUCAGCAAUUCAAUGUAAUGCCAUACAUAUAUUUGAGAGGAAACUAAAAUAGACAGAUGUAGUUCUAAAUUUUAGUCACUGAAAUGGCUCCUUCCAUCACUUUUCAUAA